UUCUGUUUCGCGCUGGCUAAAAAUGUCUGGCGAAGAUGUGGACGAGAAGCGAGAACAGCUGCGUCUUUUUGUGACAGCCAGCAGGAGGCGUCUCCACGUCAUCCUGCAGCGCUUCGGUUGGAGCGAGCGCGGGGUGAUGGGGGCGGGUAGCCACAGACCACAGGACAAAAACGGCGCAACUAAAUCGGAGGUGUUAGAGCCAUUGCCAUUGCCGGCGUCAUGCAGCAACAAUCCCGACUUUAGCAUCCAGCUCGAUGACUCGACUAUUCAGGGCAUUGUGGGCACCGAAAGAGCACGACGCCUCCUUCCUGCUGCCUCCUUUGAUGAUCUGCAGGCAGGACUCGACGCGAGUCAGCGGCUGCUCAUCUACGAGCACGUUCUAAAGCACACCAAGAAGCACCCGCAGUUCCAGGACAACACCGCCUUCGCCGAGGUGGUGGGCGAAACCCGGCGUCAGCAAAAGAAUCAUCGGCGCCACCGCAAGAGCAAGCCCACGCUCAACGAGGAGCUGCACCAGCUAGUCAGCCUGCAGAUGCAGGCGCUGGAGAAGCAGUGGGAACAGGAGCACGGCGGGCGGCAUCAUAAGCAAGUCGACCGACAGGAGCACCGCGGACGGUAUGUUGAGCAAUCCCAGCAAAGGACGCAAACGGAGCGGCAACAGGAUCACAAGGGACGACGCGAUAAGCCAGCGGAGCGGUUUCAGGAGCACCAAUGGCGGCACAACGAGCAAACGCAGCACAGGCAGCGGUACCAGGAGGACAGAGGGCGGCAUAACGACCAAAUGGAUCGUUUUAAGGAGCACAAGGACCGAGGACAGCGACAAGAGCAUCGGGACUGGCGCAACGAGCGCAGAGAUUGGUACCAGCAUCAUGAUGACAGCCGGAAGAGAAGCCGCAGUCCGAGCAGGCAUCGACAUGGCGAUAGGCGUCGGGAGGAGCGAGAGCCACGCGAGAAGCAGCACAAUAGGCAUCGCUCCCAAACCGCUCGUCAUUAGAGCGGCAUGUGAUGGUGCCGCUUCCAUUGGCAGCGAAACUGGUGGCCAUUACAUGGUGCUGUGGUCAUUUGAGUCCAGCCGACUGUUUAUUUGGGUACUCAGAUAAUGAACAAAGC